AUGGGUUUUCUGUUGCUUGUGUCCCUAGGUUUACUAUCGCUUGCAUCCAUUGGUUAUCUGGCUCUUGUUGCCAUUAGUACUCGGUGCAACCCUGCCAUUGGUAAUGUGGCUCUUCUUGUUGUUGGUAUUCGGUCCCUUGCAUCCAUUGGUUAUGUGGCUCAUGUUGCCAUUGAUGUUCGGUCCCUUGCGUCCAUUAGUUAUGUGGCUCCUGCUGCCAUUGAUGUUUGGUAUGUUGUGUCCAUUGGUUGUCUGGCUGCUGCUUCCAUUGAUGUUCGGUCUGUUGUGUCUAUUGGUUCUCUGUCUCAUGCUGCCAUUGGUUUUCAGUCGCUUGCGUUAGUUCCUCUUAUGUUACUUUUGUCCCACUCCCUGAUGCCCCAGUACGUUUUUUACUUUUACUUUGGUUCUUUGGAAUGA